AUGACCAGUUGUCUUCUCUCGCUGUUUCUUCCAUGCGGAUAUUUAUGUUACUUAUAUUCGUAUGCGAAUGAACCGUGUUGGUUGCCGUUCUUUGGAGCUGGACCUGGUUCACUUAGAAUGCUACAGCGUUACAAACACAAUAUCAAUGGUUCAAUGACGAAUGAUUUUGUGCUAUCUUGUCUUUGUACCCAAUGUGUUAUGUGUCAGUUGAAAAGGGAUAUGGACUACGUCAUCCAGAAAGGUGGGGCGGUGUGA